CCGGAGUCAGAAGUCCAAAAAUAGUCAGGUAGCGGUGAUGGAUUGGAUCGUCGUGUAAUUUGCCUCAAUCAGAUCUAUACCUGAUCAAUACUAUUUCUUGCCUCAAGGCUUCGAUAUAUCAGGCGUGUUGUCCGAAUAGCCACCCUUCUUCAGUACUUCCGCGAUCUUUCGCGAUCAUUCACGAUCUUUCACGACCUUUCCUUUACACGGCACUCACAUACAUCGCUUCCUCUUUUCCAAGUUCCUUGAUCAAGUCCUCAUCAAUCAUGUCCGACGUGAUUCCCAAGGCGCUGCUCGAGGCUACUGCGAAGCACCCCAAGGGGAAGGACCUCGUGUUUCAAUAUGGGACAGCUGGUUUCCGCCUGAAGGCGAACCUCCUUGGCUCUGUGGUCUUCCGAGUCGGGCUUCUGGCUGCUUUGCGCUCCAGGAAGUUCAAUGGCCAAACCAUUGGCGUCAUGAUCACUGCGAGUCACAAUCCUCCUGAGGACAAUGGUGUCAAGCUCGUUGAUCCAAUGGGAGAUAUGCUGGAGGGUACUUGGGAACAAUAUGCCACUCUACUUGCCAAUGCUGGGAAUGAUGAAGCCCUGGUCGAAGCGUAUGAACAGGUGGCGGAGGAGCUGAAGGUGAACCUCAAUGCGCCUGCUCGCGUGGUCUUUGCCCGAGACACCAGAGCGUCCGGUUUCACUCUGGCUGCGGCUCUUGUCGAUGGGUUGAAGGCGCUCAAUGUUGAGUAUGUCGACUUCAAGAUCCUCACCACUCCCCAACUCCACUAUCUAGUCCGCUGCAUAAAUACGAAGGGGACCCACUUUGAGUAUGGUGAGCCAACCGAACAAGGCUAUUAUCAGAAGAUUGCGACUGCCUUCAAGAACGCCAUGGCAGACAAGAAGCCCAAGGGUUCUGUCACAGUGGACUGUGCCAAUGGCGUCGGAGGCCCCAAGCUUCAUGAGAUGAUCAAGUAUCUGCCUCCAGGAAUGCUCGAUAUUCGUGUGGUGAACGACGAUGUUCUGAAACCCGAAGCUCUCAAUGUACAGUGUGGCGCCGACUUCGUCAAGACGCAGCAACGUCCGCCUCCGUCCUCGAAAGCCGCUCCGCAUGAGCGUCACGCCAGCCUUGACGGCGAUGCCGACCGUGUCGUGUAUUACUUCCUCGAUCGCGAGUCCAACUUCCGUCUCCUCGACGGCGAUCGGAUUGCAACGCUCGCCGCUGGCUUCCUCGGAAACCUCGUCAAGCUGGCCGACCUCUCUGAUGAGAUUACGCUUGGUGUCGUGCAAACGGCCUACGCCAACGGAGCGAGCACCAAGUACCUCACGGAUGUGAUGAAGCUCCCGGUAGUGUGCACCAGCACUGGUGUUAAGCACCUGCAUCAUGCCGCCCAACGCUUCGACAUCGGAAUCUACUUCGAAGCCAACGGGCACGGUACGGUUCUGUUCUCUCCCGAUGCGCUAAAGGCCAUCGAAACCCGUCAGCCGAAGUCGCCGCAUCACGCCUCCACUCUCAAGAUUCUAACUGCCGUCACCAACCUCAUCAACCAAGCCGUCGGCGACGCCAUCUCGGACAUGCUCCUCGCGGAGGUGAUCCUAGCACAUAUGGAAUGGAAGCCCGAGAACUGGCUUGCAACUUACACCGACCUUCCGAACCGCCUUGUUCGAGUCGAAGUGCGGGACCGCACCAUCUUCAAGGCCACGGAUUCCGAACGCAGGCUGGAAAGCCCCAAAGGCGCCCAGGAUGAGAUCGACAAACUGGCUGGCAAGUUCUGCCUUGGCCGGAGCUUCGCACGAGCUAGUGGCACGGAGGAUGCAGUCCGAGUGUACGCGGAGGCUGCCACCCGCGGAGAGUGCGAUGAGUUGGCGCGUGGGGUCGUGAUGGUGGUGCAGAAAUAUGGAGCACUCUGA